AUGUUAACAAAAAGUAUCAGAUUAUUCAGACAAUUUAGAUUUUGUUCAGCUAUAGAAGAAAUUACUAAAAAAUAAGCUGAAUGGUCAGCCAUAGCAAAAUAAAAAACAUAAUCACAAUAAGAAUUUUUAGAAUAAGCAUUAUCAUAAGACCAAAAAUAAAGAGUGAAGGCUAUAGCAGAUGCUUGUUGUGAGCUGGAUCUCUUUGAAUUGUAAUGUUUGAUGAGCUUGUUGAAUGAAAAUCAUUACAAGGCUCAAGGAAUUGGUCUCUUUUAGAUUGAUUCAAAUUGGCCUGUAAUCAAACAAAAUGAAGUACCAACUUGGCCUCCAAAAGAGAAAGAGCAAAUCGAGGCAUAUAUGAAAGAACUAUUUGGAGAAAAUGUCCCUGAUUUCAAAGCCAUUUUUGGAGGUGUUGGAUCAAUCGGUAGUCAAGCUCCAUCUCAAAGUGCUGCUUCAAGUGAAGCUCCUAAGUAGGAACAAAAGAAAGCAGAAGCUGCCCCUAAAGUUGAAGCCGAAAAAAAAAAUUACGAUGUAGAGUUAAGCGCAAUUGACGCAGCACAGAAAAUUAAGAUCAUCAAAGAAGUUAGAUAAUUACUUAAUCUUGGAUUGAAAGAAGCCAAAGACUUGGUCGAGAAAUUGCCAGCCAAUUUGGGUAAGCAAGUGCCAAAGGAGAAAGCCAAUGAAUUAAAAGAAAAGUUAACAGCUGCUGGUUGUACAAUUAAUUUGAAGUGA